AUGAAGGCCGAGCAGCACAAGGAAGCCUUGUCGGCUGACAAGUCCGCAGCUCUCGCGCAUCAGAAGUACCUCAGUGCCUGGAGCUCGUGGGUGAAGGAGUACAACAAAGAGCACUGGGUAGAUCCGUAUAGCUCUCCAGAGUCCACGCGGGCGUUUGAAGUGUUCCAGAAGAACCUAGACAUGAUCAUGAAGCACAAUGAGGAGUACAACCAGGGACUUCAGUCUUACGAGAUGGGCUUGAAUGGGUUUGCACACUUGACUUUCGAGGAGUUCAGCGCUCAAUAUCUUGGCUAUGGCGGUGCAGAGGUGGAGCAACCGAAGACCAGGAGGGCAGGCAAGCAUGAGAGGAAGAGCAGGAGCGAGAUCCCAGCCUCUGUAGAUUGGAGAGAGAAAGGAGCUGUGGCUGAAGUGAAGAACCAAGGAGCCUGUGGCAGCUGCUGGGCCUUUUCAGCCGUUGCCGCCCUGGAAGGAGCGCACUUCCUGAACAGCGGAGAGCUGAUCUCGCUCUCUGAGCAGCAGCUCGUGGAUUGCUCGAAGAAGUUCGGGAACCAUGGAUGCGCUGGAGGGUACAUGGACAACGCCUUUGAGUAUUGGAUGAACAACACCGGCCAUGGAGACGAUUCUGAGAAGGACUAUCCUUACAAGGGAAUGGACGGCAAGUGCAAGUUCAGUGCUGACGGAGUGAGGGCGACGAUCAGCGGAUACAACGACGUGAAGCAAGGGAACGAGACUGACCUUCUCGAUGCUGUGGCCAACGUUGGCCCGGUAUCAGUCGCCAUCCAUGCCGGAGCUGCGCUACAGUUCUACUUGCGAGGAGUCUUCAACGGAGUCGCCGGCACUUGCUUCGGGCCCCUCAAUCAUGGCGUUACAGCCGUGGGCUAUGGAACAGCGAGCUUGCGGUUUGGAAGGAAGAUGGACUAUUGGAUCAUCAAGAACUCAUGGGGAAUGGGAUGGGGAGAGAAAGGUUUCGUGAGGUUCGCAAGGGGAAAGAACCUUUGCGGAGUUGCCAAUGGAGCCUCUUACCCUCUUGUGUAG